UUUAUAAAAUCACCCAUUAUUAAUAAAACAAUAAAAUCCUACGUCUGUUUGACAGCUGUCAAAGUAAUGUUUUGAUAUGGGUGGUUCGUUAUUAUUUUUUAUUUUAGUUUAGAUUUCUAAAACAAAAAUCUUGAACCAAAAAUGGACCAGUCGCCCCCAAUAAAGCCCCCCCGGGGGGUGAAACCGGUGAAGGAAACGAGUGGACUGUUGAUGUCGGUAAUAAGAACGUUGUCUUCCACCGAAACCAACGAACAGAGAGACAGGGAGAAGGCGAAACUGGAGGCCGAGUACAAGAGUUGCGACUUAAAGCUCGACAGUUUGGUUUCGAAGCAUGAAGGGGACCUUUCCAAGGUACUUCAACUAUUCGGUAAUAUAUCUCAAAUCGUCACGGAAAACCGGGAUAAAAUAAGGAAAGUGAAGGAAAACUUGAAGGAGUGUAAAAGGAAGCUACAUUGUCGGAGGGAUGAGUUAAAAAACCUUUGGCUUGAAGGGCUGCAGUACAAGUACAUGUUGGAGCUGUUGGAGGAAAUAGAGAAAAUGAAUGAAGUCCCAAGUCGGUUGGCAACAUACAUGAGCCACAAGCACUAUUUACACGCAACUAAAUUACUUGUGGAGGCUGUCACUUUAGGCAGGGAUACUUUGGAAGGUGUAGAGAGCCUGAAGGAGCUGAGCACGGAACUGGAGGAAAGGAAAGAGCAAUUGCACCUGCAAUUGUUCGCAGAAUUGAAGGAGCACCUGUACACAAAACCGUCUCAACUCGUCCUGACGUUGAGGAGGCAAGGCUCGGGCAGGGACGGCUUCCCCAUUAAUUCACCGCUGCAGCGGAGCACAGAGCUUCGUUCCUCAGGACGUAACAGAUCUGCCCUCUUUAGAAACAACUUCGACGAUGAAUCGAACGUGGAGUUUGAGUUGAACGACAAGUUCGACGUCGAAGAAGACUUAGAUCUGACCCACCCCGAAAACAAUUCCAAGUAUUUCGUAGCUAUUUUAGUCAAGAGUCUGUGUUUGUUAGACAAACUGCCAUACGCAAUAGAAGAGAUUAAGAAAAAUAUGCAAAACACUUUGAUGCAAAUCGUGCAAAGGUCCACGCAACACGUAAAGAAUUACGUGGACUCCCAGAACAACAAUAAAGUAGCUUUAAAAGACUUAUUUCAAAUUUUGUUUGAUCAGUUCAAAGAAGUAGCACAAGCCCACUUAAUAUUUUUAAACUGUUUAGACAAAGCUUCAAAGGCCCACAAUUUAAGUUUAAAUACGUACAACAUGUUUUUUUACUGGAACAAAGUUCAAACUGUGAUGCAACUUUUGUUAAUGGAUUACUUAGAUGUACAAAACACUUCAAGUGAUCUACAGAUUAGUAGUACUGCUGAAGUUAGUGAUAUUAAUUCGUAUUUUUCAAGGAGGAAGCAACAAAGCAAAAAGAAAUCGUUGUUUAAGUUUGAUGGAUCAUCAAGUGCUCUUACUUUAAGCAGUACUUUAAAGUCGUCGUCUGAUGUUGGCAAAGUACUGAUAUGCAACCCGCAUCCUAACAACAUUCUGGUGAUAUUUAUUCCUUUGAUGAGUUUUAUUGAGGAAAUGGAGCAACCCAUGAAUAUUAGACAAAAGAGUAGCCUACAUGAUUUCAUUAAUCAAUACGUCACCAACUCAUAUUUGAAACAGAAAUCUGAUGAAAUACUUAACCAAAUAGAUACAUUAGUUAGAUCUGCUGAAGCUUGGAAGGCCACAGUUCUUCUAAACGUGACAUCUGACUAUAAGCCACUGUUGGAGAGCUGUGUGUCGGUGGAGCGUUGCAUAAGGGAGUGGCGUACCGUACUGAAGUCCCUACCCAUGUACAGCGAAAUAAUCGCCUCCUACGCCUACAUCGCAUUGAAAGAAUACAAAGACACCUGCUACGCCGCUUACAGAGGCAUAGUUCAGCCACACUCAGAAGACAAACGCAUAUGCAGUGCGGCUUGGCUGAAGGACGAGGACAUCAGCAGAUUCCUCAAGUCACUACCCAACUGGUUGAACCUCAAGGGCCAGCAGGAGUACCAGGCGAGAACCGAGCGCACCAAACGCGUAUUGAAAAGGGACCAACCCUCCGAAGAGGAGAGCCCCGAGGACGUGAGGCAAAGGAACCGCCGCGAGGCGGAGAUCCUGGCCAACAAUUUGGGUGAAGGCGGGGUGGCCGCCAGCGAAAUCCUCUCCGACAUGUCGCUGCUGAAGGAGCUGGCCCAGCUGCAGGAGAGCAUGGAGUGGUUCUCGGUGCGCAUGUUCGAGUUCACCAGCAAGUUCCGGCAGGAACCGUCCAGUUUGUCACCCUCUGGUAACGACGGUGAUGCGAUGCAACCCGUUUCCUCCACCACGCUGCAGCAACUCACCAGUCUGGCGCAGGAGUUCGACGAACUGGCCAACACUUGUCUGCUGCUGUUGCACUUAGAAGUGAGGGUGCAGUGCUUCCAUUACUUGCUGGCGCAGACGCACCACAACAAAGAAACCCACGAGCCGGACCCCAAAGUGCUCGAGUUGAGUCGAGUUUUGGCCAACGUUGAUGAGGCCAUGACUUCCAGCUUACACGCAAGGAAAUGCAAGUACAUAUUCGAAGGCCUGGGACACCUGAUAGCCAAAAUCCUGAUCAGCUCAGUCCAAUACAUGCAGCACAUCAAUGAGGGUGGCAUACAGCGCAUGAUCAGAAAUAUUUUCGCCCUCCAGCAAACAUUGACCAACAUAACAAUGACGAGGGAGGUGGCGCUGGAUCACGCCCGCCACUACUUUGAGCUCUUCUGCCUCACACCAGAGGAGAUUUUGAACGGAAUAGUGGAGAAAGGGCCCCAAUUUUCUGAAUUGGAGUACAUGAACGCCCUACAGUUGCUGAAUAGAAGCAGGUCAACUAAAGAAAUUGGGUCUGUGACUGUUCAUUUGGAACGACUGUCGGAUAUAUUGGGUGAAGUUGGAGUUACUGUCUAAUAAUGCCAUUUUGUUAUUUAUCAUUUUAUGUUAGUUUAUAUGCUUAUUGUUAGACAUGUUACACAAAAUUAAUUUUAAGUUAAUCAUAACAUGAUUUGGAUUAUUUAAUUAAAAAAAAAAACACUAUUUAUUUAGGAAUAUGUUUACUUCUAAAGUGAUUUUAAUAAACACGUAUUAAAGUU